AUGGACGCAUUCGGUACUAGAGCAGCACCCGCCCGCUCGAGCUUUCCCAGUUCGUCGCUGCACGCAACCUCAACACUCAAGAGCAUUUUCAAGAGAAGAGAGAGCAGCAAAUCUAAACAAUGGAAGCCCCCGGCGCUGCACCCCUUCACUCUCGCCAUCGCCAUCGCGACACCGCUCGCCUUGAUCGUCACACUUGUACUGCUGCUCAGGCGGUCGCAACGAGACAAUGGCAUUCUAUUCGCGCCGGAUAUCAAUGCUCUGCCGCUUUCGCGGACGUUCAUGUUCCAGUAUUUCCCUACGAUACUGGCAGUUGUGUUCAGCAUCUUCUGGGCGUGGAUUGAUCUCGAGACGAAGCGAUUGGAACCUUACUAUCGGUUGAGUGAAGAGAAUGCGGGUAUCUUCUCGACCGAGCAGGUAACCCGCAACGUAUCUAACAAUUUCGACGUGUCAACGAGCUCCAUGCCUCUGAAGCAACAGACAGACUCAAUCUCGUUGAAGUACGCUCAGUCAGCGUAUGGAAUUGUUUCCCUCAAUGAAACACUUCCUUCCUUUAUGGCACGCAAUUAUACGCUUGCACCCUUCAGACCAACUGCACUGGACAAGCAAGACGCGGAGAGCUUGGAGACAGGUUAUUGGACUGCCCCCACAACGCUCUAUAGUCUCGACUUGUACUGCGAACCUGCUAUGCCAUUCAACAAUCAGGGGAUAAUGGGGUGGAACAACUCCGGCUGCGCAGUUAUAGGUCUCGAAAUGGGCAACCACACAAUCGGCGAGAAACUUGUUGCUGGAGUCAAUCCAUUAUAUCAAGCCUUUUCAGCACAAUAUAUUGGCUUCUGGAACAAGUGGGGUUUUGCUGAUUUCGACCUCAGCCAAACUUGUCCAGCUGCGAAAAAUCAUACAUUCUUCGCAGCCGUCUCGCGAAACAAAGAGAAGGACGCCGAUCCUGCACAAAAUAUCACUGCGAUAUUUUGUGAACCGACCUACUACGCGCAAGAAGUCAAUGCAACGGUGGAUAGAGCUAAGAAGCAACCUGUACGCGUUGUUCCCUUGGGACCGAAGCAGCCUCUCAAAGAAACGAACAACAUCUUCAAUACUACCCUAAUGGAGAUGCUGCUUAAUGGCGGAAUUCCUCCAGACCCUCCUCGUGAGAAUGAACUACCAGGUCGAAAAGUUCCCAAUUUUAUUGAGCAGGUCAUGGAGAAAGGGUUGACUUGGCCUUCCGAUAGGCAGCCCAUGGUUGGAUUCUCUACCAUGGUUGACGAUACCCCACUCGAAGAUUUUCUUGACUGGAAAGUGCUGGCUCAAACCUACGCAAAGGCUUAUCGGUUGGUUUUCGCACGUGCGAUGGCGGAGGUUUUGAUCUCGAAUUCCAGCUUCACCUCCACGCAAGAGGUCGCAGGGUCUCGGUCAAUAGCCACAGGUUCUGUGGUGCUCGAGCCGCUGUUCACGUAUAUCGUGAUUGGGCUCUUGGGCGUCAUAGCUGUUGUUACGAUGGUGUUGUUGCUCCUAAGCACUACAAGAACGUUGAAUCUACGAUCAGAUCCGACUACGAUAGGCACCCUAAAAGAUUUCAUCGUUCAGGUGAUGGGCCUGGUAGCAGACAGUAAGGCCCUGCUCCGAGACUUUGAAGAUCUCGAUUGCUGCACGCUUGAGCAGAUCCAACAAUCUGUUCAGCAGAAACGGUACCAGCUCGUUAGUCAAGAUGAUCAGCUCAACUUGAUUGAAAGACGACCUGCCACAGCGACCAAGAAACAGAGAACUCCUCGAACAAAAUCGUCUCUCCGAACAGUAUCUACAAAAGCUAUUGAUAAGCCUACGAGGCCUAUCGAAUUUAGUUCGCGGAUGUCAAUGCUUUUUAUUAGCGGUUUUAUCGCCCUAGCUGCGUUGUUGGCUACCGUGUUCAUCAAAGCAAGAAAGAAUGGACUUCCCUUGCCCUCUCCGAAUAAGUUCGUGCAGAAUCUACUCGAAAACUAUAUACCCACCGCGAUUGCAACGCUCAUCGAACCGCUGUGGGUCCUGAUCAACAGACUUCUAUGCUUGCUACAACCCAUCGAAGAGCUACAAACCUGCAACGCAAAGGCGAAGGACUCCAUUGACAUAGAUUACAGCUCUCUUCCCCCUCAGUUGGUCGUUUUCAAAGCAUUACGUGCCCGUCAUUUCGUGCUAGCUGCUGUCUGCUCUAUGGCUCUCCUAGCAAAUGUACUUUCCAUUGCAUUUGCUGGUCUUUUUCACCACGAUAUGGUUGUGGUCCUCAAAUCGACAAGUUUUGAACAACCACAUGAUUUGAGGUUCGUCUCUAUCAACGGGAGCAUUGGUCCCAUCGCGAUACGAUCUAGCGGUACGGACGGGUCGCCAUCCGGUGCAUAUCGUGGCGGAGACGGCCGUGAUCAAUUCUACAUUCUUGGAUCGAACCUCAGCAGAGCAACACCACUACCCCCAUGGACGGAUGAAAAAAUGUUUUAUCUACCUUUCAAGGGAGAUGGUGACGGCAACGCUGCCAGCCAGGAUCAAUUUGAGAGCGAGACAGUCACACUGGGCGCCAGACUGAAUUGUGAGGUUGUUGAUCUUAGAGACAUAGGCUUCAAUGCUCCUUCGAAGUCUGGGGCAGUCCUCAACAAAACAGUGCGCAUGGAUCGUAGUCAAGCCGACUGCUCUAGCAAUAAAGACGCUAUCGUGGUUAUGGGCCCAGGAAACAAUGACCAGGUGUGCCAGAAUGGCACUUCUGCCCUGGAACUUGUCCUCACCCUAGAAGCUACAGGCGCCAACGCCACUCAAGAAGAGAAAGAGGUAUGUAUGGGAACAGUGAUACUAGGGUGGAUUCGCAACCCAGAGGGUUCCUGCAAGUCGCCCGACUUGACGGCCGAGACGGCGAAGGACUCAUUGUUCAUUCAAUGCCAGCCAAAAUUAGUUAGUGGUGAGUAA